AUGGUGGUUCCGGAGAAGGAGCAGAGCUGGAUCCCCAAGAUUUUCAGGAAGAAGAUCUGCACCACGUUCAUCGCUGACCUCUCGGAUCCGGGAGGAACCCUGUGCCAGUGUGGGCACCCCCGAAGUGCACACCCAUCAGUGGCCGUGGAGGACGCGUUCGGGGCGGCCAUGGUGACCGUGUGGGACUGCGACGCGCACACCACAGAGAAACCCACCGACGCCUACGGGGAAGUGGAUUUCCUGGGCGCGGGCCGCAAGGCCAGCAAUUUCCUCCGUCUGUCUGACCGCACGGAUCCAGCAGCGGCGUAUAACCUGGUCACCAGCACAUGGGGCUUCCGUCCCCCGAACCUGGUGGUGUCAGUGCUGGGGGGCUCCGGGGUGCCGGUCCUCCAGACCUGGCUGCAGGACCUGCUGCGUCGUGGGCUGGUGCGGGCUGCCCAGAGCACAGGGGCCUGGAUCGUCACCGGCGGGUUGCACAGGGGCAUCGGGCGGCACGUUGGUGUGGCAGUGAGGGACCAUCAGACCGCCAGCACCGGGGGCAGCAAGGUGGUAGCCAUGGGCGUGGCACCCUGGGGCGUGAUCCGUAACAGAGACAGCCUUGUGCACUCCAAGGGCUCCUACCCUGCGCGGUAUCCGUGGCGCAGCAACCCCGAGGACACGGGCCAGGCGGCCAGGGGCCAGUUCGCGCUCGACUACAAUUACUCCGCCUUCCUUCUGGUGGACGAUGGAACGCUCGGCCGCCUGGGGGGCGAGAACCGCUUCCGCCUGAGUUUCGAGUCCUACAUCGCUCGGCAGAAGACAGGCGUCGGAGGGACUGGAAUCGACAUCCCUGUUCUCCUCCUCUUGAUUGAUGGUGAUGAGAAGAUGCUGAAGCGGAUCGAGGACGCCACCCAGGCCCAGCUCCCCUGUCUCCUGGUGGCCGGGUCCGGUGGUGCUGCGGACUGCCUGGCAGAGACCCUGGAGGACAGCUUGGCCUUGGGGAGUGGGGGGUCCAGGUGGCAUGAAGCUCAAGAUCGGAUUAGACGCUUCUUCCCCAAAGGAGACCCUGAGGUGCUACAGGCUCAGGUGGAGAGGAUCAUGACCCGGAAAGAGCUGCUGACGGUCUAUUCACUUGAGGAUGGUCCGGAGGAAUUUGAGACUAUUGUUCUGAAGGCCCUUGUGAAGGCCUGUGGGAGCUCCGAGGCCUCGGCUUACCUGGAUGAGCUGCGUUUGGCUGUGGCUUGGAACCGCGUGGACAUUGCGCAGAGCGAACUCUUCCGCGGGGACAUUCAGUGGCGGUCCGUCCACUUGGAGGCCUCGCUCCUGGACGCCCUCCUGAACGACCGGCCCGAGUUCGUUCGCCUGCUCAUCUCCCGCGGCCUCAGCCUAGGCCACUUCCUGACGCCAGCGCGCCUGGCCCAGCUGUACAGCGUGACACCUCCCCACUCGGUGGUGCGCCACCUUCUGGGCCUGACGUCCCACGGCGCAGGCGGAGGCCUUAAAGGCUCUGGGGAGGCCCCGCCCCCUGACGUGGGGCACGCGCUGCGACUGCUGCUGGGGGAAAUGUGUGCACCGAGGUACCAAGCUGGGAGCGCCGAGGACCACGGCUGCCCGGAGAGUUGGUACACGCUGUCAGCAAGGGUGAGCUCAGACCUCAGGCUGGACGCUAUCCUCGGGCAGGCCCCCUGGAGUGACCUGCUGCUUUGGGCACUGCUCUUGAACAGGGCCCAGAUGGCUCUGUACUUCUGGGAGAUGGGCUCCAAUGCUGUGGCCUCAGCUCUUGGGGCCUGUUUACUGCUCCGAGUCCUGGCACGGACGGAAUCUGAGGCCGAGGAGGCAGAGCGGAGGAAGGACCUAGCAGCCAAAUUUGAGGGGCUGGGUGUUGGCCUCUUUGGCCAGUGCUACCGCAGCAACGAGAAACGGGCUGCCCGACUGCUCCUCCGCCGCUGCCCGCUCUGGGGGGAUGCCACCUGCCUCCAGCUGGCCAUGCAGGCCGAUGCCCGGGCCUUUUUUGCCCAGGAUGGCGUUCAGUCUCUGCUGACCCAGAAGUGGUGGGGGGAGAUGGACAGCACCACACCCGUCUGGGCCUUAGUUCUUACCUUCUUUUGCCCUCCACUCAUCUACACCAACCUCGUCACCUUCAGGAAGUCCAAAGAGGAGGCCACAAGGACCGACCAGGAGUUUGACGUGGAUAAGGGCCUUAACGGGGAAGGGCCUGUCGGGCCGGCAGACCCCGCAGAGAAGAUGCCACUGGGGGUGUCGAGGCCGCAGCGACGCGGCAGCUGCUGUGGGGGGCACGGCUGGCGUCUGUGUCUGCGCCGCUGGUCCCACUUCUGGGGGGCGCCGGUGACGGCCUUCAUGGGCAACGUGGUCAGCUACCUGCUCUUCCUGUUGCUGUUUGCUCGCGUCCUGCUCAUCGACUUCCACCCCACGACCGUCAGCGUCCCCGAGCUGCUCCUUUACUUCUGGGCCUUCACCCUGCUCUGCGAGGAGUUCCGGCAGGGCCUGGGCAGCGGCUGGGGCAGCCUGACCACGCGGGCACACAGCCACGGCCAGACCCCGCUGCGCCGCCGGCUGCGUCUCUACCUCGCCGAUGCCUGGAACCAGUGCGACCUGGUGGCUCUCGCCUGCUUCCUCCUGGGCGUGGGCUGCCGGCUGACCCCGGGCCUGUAUGACCUCGGACGCACCGUACUCUGCCUCGACUUCAUGGUCUUCACGCUCCGCCUGCUGCACAUUUUCACAGUCAACAAACAGCUGGGGCCCAAGAUCGUCAUUGUGAACAAGAUGAUGAAGGAUGUGUUCUUCUUCCUCUUCUUCCUCGGUGUGUGGCUGGUUGCCUAUGGAGUGGCCACAGAGGGGCUCCUAAGGCCCCAGGACCGUGACCUCCCCAAUAUCCUACGCCGUGUCUUCUACCGGCCCUACCUGCAGAUCUUUGGGCAGAUCCCCCAGGAAGAGAUGGACGUGGCUCUCAUGGAGCAUGUCAACUGCUCGUUGGAGCAGGGCUCCUGGGCACACCCGCCGGAGAGCCGGAUGGGCUCCUGUGUCUCUGUGUAUGCCAACUGGCUGGUCCUACUUCUGCUGAUUUUCUUCCUGCUGGUGGCCAACAUCCUCCUGCUCAAUCUGCUGAUUGCCAUGUUCAGCCAUACCUUCGCCAAAGUCCAGGGUCACAGCGACCUUUACUGGAAAGCCCAGCGCUACAGCCUCAUCCGAGAAUUCCACUCUCGGCCCGCUCUGGCUCCGCCCUUCAUUGUCAUCUCGCACAUGCGUCUCAUCUUCCGGCGAUUGCGCAGGCACUGGGCUCGGCUGCCCGACUCUCCGCACUUCGAGCAUUUCCGGGUCCACCUCCCUAAAGAAGCCGAGCGGGAACUGUUGACGUGGGAAUCGGUGCAGAAAGAGAAUUUCCUGCUGGCCCGGGCGCGGGACAAGCGGGAAAGCGACAGUGAGCGUCUGAAGCGCACGUCGCAGAAAGUGGACACUGCGUUGAAGCAUCUGGGACAGAUCCGCCAGUACGAGAAGCGUCUGAAAGAGCUGGAGCAGGAGGUCCACCACUGCAGUCGCGUCCUGGACUGGAUGGCUGAGACGCUGAGCCGCUCUCCGUUGCUUCCCCCCGGGGGACCACCGCCCCCAGUCCCACUUGGACCCAAAGGUCAAUGGGUGGGGCCCUUCUGCGUAUCUCUGACACCUUAG